ACUGUUGGAAAUGUCAGAAAACAGUUAACGAUGAAUAGUCUCGGGUCAUGACCGUACUGGGUUAACUGCAAGCUUGCUGGCAGUAUGAAAUUGCAAUGUGCGUGUUAACGGUCCAGGGUGAUGUAUGUGCACAGAGUGUCGGUAAAAAUAGAGUGAGGGUUAUUAUUUGAACGAUUUGGUGGUGUUAGGAUGGAAGUGGGUGUAUAUGAGUAUAUUGGGGAUGCAGACAGGCAGACACCUUAACAAGACACCUGCCAGCAAGACACAGUGGGCGUACCCUGCCUACAAUUGAACUCAGAUCUCUGCAUUUGCACAAAAAUAAAUAUAGCACACAUACUUGCUGUGCUUGUACCUGGUGUGAAUGCGCCCGCGUGCGUUUAAUCAGAAUCAUAAUGUGCAUGUACAUCUGUCGACAAAGUUUAGUACUGUCAGUACUGUAUCGCAAAUAACUUUCCUUUUCACACCAAUAACGAUAUUAGUCAAAAUGAAUUGUUUUUCCGGGUAACUCAUUCAAAUUUAAGUCUUUGUGACCAUGUGAAGACAUAGCUGCAAACAACUAUUUGUCAGGUUACAAAAAGGACAGGAAGUAGAAGAGGCCAUGUUUGGGUUCAAUGUCCUUUGCAAUGAGCCAAGAAACCCUCCACUGUGUUUAUGACAAGACCUUCCAUCAACCCUCUUGAUAGUCUAAACAAACAGGGAAGGCAGAGCUGGCUCCAUCUGUCUCGAUGAUCGAUAUCAACAGACCCACUCAAAGACACCGCUCACUCUCCAUGUCUGGAGAAAAACAGGGGAAAACAAGAGGGAUGCUAUGCAGGGGGAAAUGUGCAGUUCGUGCCUCUAUCCUGACAACGAAUCGAAGUCUAAAGGAUGUCCCUGGCUACGUUCCAGCCACAACCAAUGGACUAAUGUAUCCAUUUCACCCCGCUUUUCUGGGGUUGUUACUGAACUGAUGUUUGUCCCUGAUGUACUAGCAUUUAUCUUGUUUAGCAAGACCCAAGGCUGCUCACAGGCCUUGAUGACAACAAGCAGCUGUCCCCAGACUGCCUGCGCCUCCGUCUUUGUUCAGGCAGGGUGAGAGGAAAACACAAAAGGAUAACCUUUAGAGUGCUUUCAUAUCUUGUAUGAGGAGCUCAAAAAACAAACAAGCACUUUUUUGGUGUCGCCUGUAUUCCCUUUGUAGAUUUUGUGUUUCAACCUCACGGAUACUUUUGUGAUGAAAAUUUUGGAGGAGAUCCCAUGAUCGACUGUUAUUCAUAACCUGCAAGGGCUUUCAUUAGAGCACAAGCAAAGGAGGCCAAACACAUGAGGUCAUGUUCCGAUGAGAUUGUACAAUAUGACGUUCGCUUUGCCCCUCUAAAUAUGGGAUGAGGAAACCAAGCCAGAGAAUGCCAGCCCUAAGUAGUAUUUAACUAUGGUGAUGCACUCGCAGUACAAACACAGACAAACACAAAAGGCACGCAUGCACUAGACCGCCAGAGGAAUACACUGCAAUAACCAGCCCUCAUAUGGUUGCUUCCAAUGACUUUGAUUUGAAACCGUAGCAAAAUGGCUGACCAGAAUCACAUUGGUAUCAAAUGUGAUAACUCUAUCCAGCAUCUGAACAACGCCCCGAGGGGAUGCGGUGGAAGAGACACCAAAGAGUCGAGCAAGGGCCGAAAGUUGGGGAAAGAGCUACAUCGAGAGGACUUGCUUUGCCUUCUGAGCAUGUUGGAAGGAGAGCUACAGGCCCGAGAUGAGGUGAUCACUGUGCUGAAGGCUCAGAUGACAGAUGCAGCUCUACUGGAAGCCCACUAUGCGUUCAGAGGCCCAGAGAAAGUGAUCCGGGCCCUGCGGAGGGACUCGCUUCAGGCCCAGAAAGACCAACUGCAGGACGUCUAUGAAAAACCUAUGGCUGAGCUAGAUCAUCUGGAGGAGGCCCAUAGGCGAACUUCGAGGCGGAUGUUGCGCCAACUAGUGGAAGUGGAGCGGUCGCACAGCGGCGCCCUCAGCAGGCUGGAGGAGCAGGAGGAGAUGCACCGGUCCUUCAUACAGAAAAGUGACGACCUCACGACUCUGUUGGAGCAGGAUCGUGAGAGGCUCAAGUUACUGAUUGUGAAGGAAAAAGAGUAUCGGGAGAGGAAGGAGGAGGACGACGAAAGAGAGGUCUUGGUUCUGAAAGACGAGCUGACCGCGCUCAAGCAGUUCGCUCUGCUGGUGGUCAAGGAGCAGCAGAGCCUGAGGGAGGAGCUGGAGGCGGAGGGCCGGCGUGUCAGGGAGCUGACCGACAUCACUGACCACGCCAGGCGGGAGCUCAGCGCCACUCACUCGAGGGCGCGAGAGGAAGAGCUCAGGGCCCUGCGACUGGAGGCCGAGCUACGGGACCAGGCGUCCGUUUACAGCCAAACACAGGAAGCCAUGACUGCCAAACUGGCAGACAAGGACGCUCAAAAACAGCAACUGCGACAGCGCCUGGCCAACCUCAGCCGCCAGUUGGAUGAGCUGGGGGGGACGAGGGCCACGUUGAGGAGGGCGGAGGAGGAGCUGGUGGAACUCAGGGAAAGGGUGAGGUGGGCGGAGGACGGGGAUGAGGGAGGAGCAGGGACGGCGAGUCUGCUGUCAGAGGUGGACGGCCUGAGGAGGAGAGUGUUGGAGAUGGAGGGGAAGGACGAGGAAUUGAACCGCAUGGGGGACCAGUGCAGGGAUCUCGACCGCAGACUGGGCAGGGAGAUGAGUCAGAGUCGCAGCCUGAAGGCCGAGGUGGACAAGCUCAACGGCAGAAUCAGUCAACUGGAUAAACUAGAGGAGGCGUUGGUCAAGAGCAGGCAGGAGUGCAGCACGUUAAGAGGAAGCCAGGACAGGGAGAAGAGUCUUAGCAAACAGUUGUGUAGCGAACUGGACACACUGAGGAUCCGGGUUAGAGAGCUGGAGGUGGCAGAAAGGCAGCUAGAAAAUAGUGAGGUGGCGGUGAAACAGGACCUUUCCAAGCUCAGGGCCCUCACUGUGGUUCUGGUAGAAGAUAGGAAGUCCAUGUCAGAGAGGCUCCGACAGGCUUCAGAAAAACUUGGUAUGGAGAAAGACCAACAAAAUGAGCAGAACUCAUUGAUAACAAUGACAGAAAAGCUGAAAGAGGAGAUGCAACAGGCCCUGAGGACUAAGGCAGAUUUAGAGGCCAAGAUAAGAGAUAUAGCAAAGGGAAAAGAUGAGCUCCAAACCAGACUACACACAGAGGAGGGAAAAAAUAGGGAACUGCAGAGCAAAGUCAAUACUAUGAGAAGGAGGAUGCUGGUCGUGGAGGACAAAAGUGAAAAAGUGACAAAAGAAAAUGGAAUGGACAUCAACGAGCCUCUGACACACAAUUCUAACCACUUCGACCAAACAGACAACAACAAAACGGCAGAGCUGAGCCAGGAGGUGGAGAGGCUCAGAAGGAAGCUGCUUGAAAAGGAAGUGGUGGAAAGUGAGCUGAUGAAAGCCGAGGAGGACUUUGAAUCCCUGGAGCUGCGGUUCAGGAAGGAGCAGGAGAGGUCCAAGGCCUUGACACAGGAGCUUGGCGAGGCCAAGAGGGAGCUCUCCAGGUUCCAGCUAGCAGAGAAGCAAGAGGUGAACCAGGAACACGCCCUCCUGCGUCGCCUACAGCAAGAGCAGGUGAGAUCAAGGCUCUUGGGCCGGGAGGUGGACUCUCUGAAGGACAAACUCCAAAAGUUGUUGGGAACAGACGAGUCCAUCUCCAAGGUUCAAAUGGACCAUUCCACCCUGCAGAGGAAACUGUCCCUCCAAGAGGCCAAGAACAGAGAGCUGGCCAGAGAGAUGGAGGAGCUGACCAAUGAGCUGGAGAGAUACAGACAUUUCAGUAAGAGUCUGAGACCUGGAGUGAACGGACGCCGGUUUUCGGACCUUCACCAGUCCACCAAGGAAGUACAGACAGAGCAGCCAGCCAGCCAGCCACCGGACUACAGACAUCCUGUUCCUUUUGCUCACGAUGAAAAAGUGAGCGAGCAAAGCGAUGACGAAGAUCUAAACCCAAACGAGGAUGAAAUCCUCGACAUAAGCGGUUCACUGCAAUACAAUAACACAAAAAGCUUAUACCCCACAAAUUACAAUGUCAGAAGAUACAGCAGCAACUCAGCCAGUGACACAGAAGAAUUAGUGUAUGGCAACCCUGUGAAGGAUAUGGUCGUCACUCAGACUCCCGGGCAGCCAGUGCACAUCAAAGUAACACCAGAACCUGGACUCAACACCACCACGCUGGAAAUCAGCAGCCCCACAACAGACAAUGCAGCAUCCUACACCAGCACAGCUGUAAUCCCCACUACCAGUGUACCCCACAAACAACGAAUCACCAUCAUCCAGAAUGCAGCUGUGUCGGCGGUGAAGAGCCAGAGCUCCCCAACCAGCCCGGACAGAGCCCUCUCCCCACUCGUCACCGGGCCUCUGUCUCGAAUGGUGAGCCCGAAUUCAUCACACCCGGGAACCCCUGAUCACAACAGCUCCCCCGUCCAGAUCGUCACCGUCAGCACGUGUUCACCAGAGCCCACCGAGAUCAUUGGUCAGGCUGUGUUCCGUAUGAGUCCAGAGAGGCAGAACAGCUGGCAGCUCCAGAGGUCCACCAGCGCCCAGGCCAGUCCUAGUGUCAUCACCACCACGGAGGACAACAAGAUCCACAUCCACCUGGGUACUCCGUAUGUCCCCGCUCUGAACGGCACAGCCCACGGCAUCCCGAAGCCUGGGGGGUCGUACUACUCGCUCAGACAAGAGCAAAGGACUCAAGUGUUGACCAAUGGCUGCCACAUUAAAAGUGCAGGCAAAAUUACUAGUAGCAUCACUAUAACCCCUGCUACAUCCCCAAUCACACACCCCUCAAAUAUUACAAUUCCACUGGACUCGCAGCCGAAACCUGGCUUGACAAGAAUACCCAAACCAAAAGGACUCAACAAUAACAGAGGAACAAACAGAACUUUGAACACCAAACCGAGUCACGGAAAUAAUUCACCCUCCACACAAGCAUGGAAAAGCAACAGCUUCAGAAUGGCCAACAGGCCUAAAGCUAAAACUGUACCUGGCUAGAUGCAGACUUUCAUGAGGCAAUUGUACUUUGGUAUUCAAACAAUCCAUUGCAAUGGGUCAAAUGUAAUGUUUUAGAUUAUUUUGUUGAUUUGUGAGAUAGAUCUAGACCAAAUAAGUGCAACAAAAAAUGACAGUGAGCAUUCCGCUCAGAAUGUCAGGAACUAAUGUCUGCAAGGUCCAAUGUGCGUUUUAUGAUUAAUUUCCAAAACGUAAUUAUGAUUAAUUGUGUAUAAUGAAAUAAAUAAAACCUUUGACCAAUCAGAAUGCAAUUAUUUGUGUAUUCAAUGCAGCCUUCCAAAUUAAACACAUUCCGUGACUGGAUAUCUGACAAUGGUAACAGGCUGCCCUCUAUUGUAAAGUAGAGGCAUUGACGUUUCGGCAUGAAUGCAGAGUACCGUGAAAUACAUUGAAUUACUUUGAAAUUACCAAUCUUGGCUAAAUGUGUGGAACGAUAUGAACAUUCGGUUUGCAAACUAGAUUAUAAUUAGUUCGGAAAUAUAUAUAGAUGGAGACGAUUUAGACCAGAUAAUAAAGGCACAAAAAAACCCGUUUCACAUAAACUACUAUUACCAGAGUUCCUUUCGCCUAGAAGUCGGUCCCCACAUGUGUUCACACAUGUGCUGCAGUAAACACAGGCGUGUUGACUGCAUUUGAAACCAUAAUCAACUGCUCGACUUGUCUACAGUUAGAAAUAGCCUUUACAUUUAGAAAAUGCCUUAAUCAUAGGACACGUUUAUUUAAUGCGUGUCUACAGUUUCUUCCAAUCAUUUGCUCCAACUCACAGCUAAUGGUAUAACGUGAGCUAACGUUAGCUUAAAGCUGCACACAUUUGGCCGAAGUUAAGGGCUUCAAUGUUAGGUGGCAUCAUCAUCAUUAGAUACUACAUACUUAACGAAGUAUCACAGAAGUUUCAAUUGACGACGUUCAACAAUAUACCUGAGUUACCCCCGUGAUUCCACCACUCAUCGCCCAGAUCGUCCCCCAUCUUCUUCUGGUGUCGUCUCGUCAGUCCAAUCCAAAUCUACCGGGAGAGGCUGCAGAGCUGCGUUCACAACACGCCCGUCCACAAUGUUUUGCCUUAUUAAAAGUCAUACGGUUCAUCACAUAGAUCCAGUGUAACCAUUUCUUGAAAUUCCCUGCAUUGGGGAAAGGAUGGCUGUUCCCCUCGUCCAACACAGAGAGGCAGGGUGUCCCCCCUUUCUGCAG